CCAGGACUGCUAUCCGGUAUACCGGGAAACGAUACCUAUUUUCUAGAUCUGAUCCAGCUAUCGAACGCAGCCCGCCAUGAAGCUCGACCCGAAAGCGAUCCGCUACCUCACGUCCGAGGACUUCCGCGUUCUCUCCGCUGUCGAGACCGGAAGUCGCAACCAUGAGGUCGUGCCGACGCCUCUGAUCGCUCAGAUUGCGGGUCUCCGCGGUGGCAGCGGAGUGCACCGCGCCAUCUCCAACCUAGCCAAGACCAACCUGAUCGCCAAGGUGAAGAAUGCGAAAUAUGAUGGCUACCGCCUCACCUACGGCGGACUGGACUACCUCGCGCUCAACGCCCACCAAAAGCAGAAAUGCAUCUACUCGGUCGGCAACCAGAUCGGCGUGGGCAAGGAAUCCGACAUCAUCGUGGUGGCCGCGCAUGACGGCACUCAGCGCAUCCUGAAAAUCCACCGGCUGGGCCGCAUCUCGUUCCGCACGGUCAAGACCAACCGCGACUACCUGCGCCACCGCAGCACCGGCUCCUGGAUGUACAUGUCGCGGCUGGCAGCGAUGAAGGAAUACGCGUUCAUGAAGGCGCUCCGCGAGAACGACUUUUCCGUCCCCGAACCCAUUGCCCAGAAUCGUCACACCAUCGUCAUGAGUCUCAUCGAUGCGUUUCCGCUGCGCCAGAUCUCGAAGGUCGCGAACCCGGCUGCCUUGUAUGCGGAGUUGAUGGAUAUGAUUAUCCGGUUGGCGCGGUUUGGGUUGAUUCAUGGUGAUUUUAACGAGUUUAAUAUUCUGAUUAAGGAGGAGGAGGAUCCGGAGGCGAAGGGCAAGGGGCGCGAGGGUGAGGGGGAUGAGGAAGAUGUGAAUGUUCGUCUCACGCCCGUCAUGAUCGAUUUCCCGCAGAUGGUGUCGAUCGACCACGCCAACGCCGAGAUGUACUUCGACCGCGACGUCAGCUGCAUCAAACGCUAUUUCCAGCGCAAGUUCCACUUCGUCAGUGAUAUCCCCGGUCCGACCUUCGCCAAUGCGCGGAAACAGAUGAUUAAGAACCCUGGCAAGCGGCUGGAUGUCGAGGUCGAGGCGUCGGGUUUCUCGAGGAAGAUGGCGCGCGAGUUGGAGAAGUAUAUGGCGGAGGUGGGCGCGAAUGGGGAUAACGAGAAGGGAAGUGGCGAUGAGGACGAAGAUGAGGAGGAUGAGGAGGACUAUGGUUCUGAAGAAGAGGAGGGAGAGGAAGAAGAGCGUAACGCUGCUGAAGAAGAUGUCCCACCCGCGCAGUCUGAUGAUGUCGCUCGGCGACUAGGGAACCUGCAGGUGUCGGAUAGGCAGUAGGGUGGUUUUGUGUGUUUUUUUUGGUUUUUGUUUUUCUGGGCUAAAAAGUAAACGAUAAUGACCAUGAUGAAUAUAGAAUUUUCACAUCUUCCCUUGUCUUUUACCCUUAGUCUGUCAAC